AUGAAUAAAUUCAUCAUAUUUUCAUUGUUGCUGGUUUUAGCAAUGAGUCAAACCUAUAGUAUAACAUCUUGUACCUGUACAUAAUUGUUAUCAGAGGGGGAUUGUUUAAAAAAUACUUCACUUGGAUGCUCUUGGGAUAGCACAAAGAAAGCAUGUGCAGUUUCAACAGCUCCAGUCACACCAACAGUGACAUAUGCAGCAUAUUGUGAUACUUUUGCUGAAGCAGAUUGCCCAAAAGCUAAACCUUGUACAGAUUGUGGUAGUUACGCUGCUUGUGCCUGGGUUUAAGGCAAAUGCACAUACUUUACAGGAUGCACAGCCUUUGCAAAAACAACAGAUCCUGAAUGUUAGGCAAUUAGUAAUAGAUGUAUUACAGAUGGAACUCAUUGCGUUGAAAUUGAUGCUUGUAACUCAUACAAGAAACAACUUCCUUGUGUGAAAAAUCCUGCUGGAAGUUUGUGCUAUUGGGAUACAACUAAUAAUACUUGUAUAGAUGCUAAUACCUGUGAUAAAUUACCAAUAACAUUCGCAACAGAUAAAGAAUGCAGAGAUGUGAUAUCAACCUGCACAACAAAGACUGGAGGUGGUUGUGUAGAUAGUGGAAAUAAUUGUAGUGAUUAAGCAUUAGAAAUUCAAUGUGUUUGGAAUAAAUUAAGAUUAAUGGCAUGUUACUGGGAUGGAGCUGUAUGUAAAGACAGAAUUUGUGAUAGUGCACCAACAACAUUAACAACUGAUGAAACUUGCAAAUCCUUUAGAACUGAUGGAUCAUGUACAACAAAACCUAACGGAGGAUGUAUUACAAGAACAACUUGUGCAGCUGCAACUAUCUAAGCUGCUUGUAUUAAGAAUAAUACAGGUGGUGAUUGUUAUUGGACUGGAACUGCAUGUGUUGAUAAGAUAUGUACAAAUGCACCAACUACUAUGACAACUAAUUCAGCUUGUGCUGGAUUUGUUACAGGAUGUAUCACUAAAUAAGGUGGAGGUUGUGUUGCUAACGGAACAUGUUCAGCUGCAAAUGUCUAAGCAGCUUGUGUGAAAAAUUCUUAUGGAACUGAUUGUAUUUGGGAUACAAUAUGCAAAGAAAAGACCUGUGCAAAUGCACCAACUACUAAUAAUACUCAUGAAUUGUGUACAUCAUACUUAUCAAUUUGCACAGUUAAAGCAGGAGGUGGAUGCUAACCCAGAACUUGCUCAAAUGCUCCUACAACAAUAACAACUAAUGAUGCAUGCGAAGCAUAUUUACCAGGAAACAAAUGUAUAACAAAGACUUAAGGUGGGUGUGUACAAAACACCACAUGUGCUGCAAUAACCUUAGAAGCUGCUUGUGUAACCAAUUCAUCUGGAGCUACUUGUUUCUAUGAUGCUGCAAGUUCAAGCUGCAAAGAUAAAAUUUGUACUAAUGCCCCUUCAACUAGUAACACACAUGAUUUAUGUGUUGCAUUUUUACCUACUUGUACAGUAAAUUCCAGUAAUUCAGGUUGUGUAGAAAAAACAUGCGAAAAUUCAUUGGCAUAAAACACUUGUGAUAAAGAUUUGAAUAAUAAAAUUUGUAUUUGGAAAGCCAAAUGUUAUAAAAAAGAAUGUGUGUUAGCUUCAUCAACUACAGCAAGUCAUGCUGAUUGUUAAACAUAUGAUUCAAGUUGUACUUUGAGUAAUACUGGCUCUGGAUGUGUUCCUGUUCCCCUUAAAUGUGAAGCCAUUACAAUUGAAUCUGCUUGUAAUAUAAGAUUAUAAGUUACAAAUGGAUUAAAAUCAUACCCAGCUUGUGGUUGGAAUGGCACAUGUAUUGAUAAAGCAUGCUCCACUGCUCCUAAAACAAUAUAGACAACAAAUGAUUGCAAUAUUUAUAAAUCAGGUUGUGUUGCCAAUAAUCCUAAUAAUGGAUCUAUCUAAGGAUGUUAAGAUUUACCAUAAACUUGUGCAGCUAGAAAAUCAGUUGAAAAUUGUGAAAUUUCAAGAAGUAAUUUUCCAACAUGUUUAUGGAAUACAAUUUCAUCUACAUGUGUUGAAAAGUCUUGUACAACCGCUAGUUAAGCAGGAACAUCAGGUGUAUUAACUACUGGAUAAUUUACAUUUAAUGGUUGUUAAAAUUAUCUUCCCAGUUGCAUUUCAAACAAUAAUAAUGACGGAUGCAUUGCUAAACCUUCAAGUUGUUCAAAUUUAGUUUCACAAAAUUGUAAAAGAGAAUCAAAAGCAAAUGGAGAUUGUUAUUGGAAUGGAACUGGCUGUGUUGAUAGAAUAUGCACAAAUAUUGCAUUAACUUCUCAUUUAGAUUGUUAAGGUGAAUUGAAUACAUGCACAACAAAUAAUGCAAGAACAGUUUGUUAAAGUUUAGCCACAGCUUGUAAUUCUUAUGGAUCAGCUGAAAAUUGUCAAAAAACUUCUAAUGGAAAAAAUUGCAUAUGGAAUGGGACCGCUUGUAGAAAUGCAAUUUGUUCAGAUGCACCGGAUAGUUCCUCUUUUAAUACAGAUGCAUUGUGUUCAGCUUAUCCAACACCAAGUGAAACUUGUACAGUUAUAUAAAAAACUGGAAGAUAAGGAUGUGUGACAAGAUCAGCUAGUUGCAGUGACUAUAAAUCAUAAGCCUAAUGUUACAGAACCUUGACAGCUUCCUCAAAUGAUUGUACUUGGAAAUUAACUUACAGCAAGUGUUUCUCUAAUACAGAUCUUCAAGGUGCAUGCACAACUUUUAAAGGUACGAAGGCUUAAUGUGAAGAUAUAAAAUAAGGUUGCACUAAUACUGUUGAUGCUGUUGAAUCAAGUACUUGUGCGUUUUCUUGUGCUGUUAUAACUGGAUCAAGUCUAAAUCAUGGUGGUUGUUAAGGACAUCAUGCUACUUGUACUGCUAAUGCUGGUGGAACUGCAUGUAUUACAUUAUAAGCCGCUUGUGGUAGUUAUACAGCCUCAGGUGAUUGUAUAAGAAGAACUGAUGGUGCCAGAUGCCGUUGGAAUAGUAGCACUUGUGUAGAUUUCACUGCAGCAGAUUGUCCUACUAUUACAGGAUUGAGUAAUGCAACUAUUUAAUAGUGCCAAGUAUAUCAUAGUGGUUGCAUUGUUAAUGUUGCUAAAACUGCAUGUGUUGAAAAAAAAGCAGCUUGCAGUGGUUAUACUGCUCCAGCUGAUUGCGACCCUGAAACAUAUACAACUGGAGGUACAAAAUGUUUUAAUGGCAGUGGUACUUGUAGAGAUUUCGCUCCAGCAACUGAUUGUACUUUUUACCGUGAGACAACUCAUUCAGCAUGUUAAGCACAUCAUACAGGUUGUACUGUUAAUACUGGAAAUGAUACUUGUCUAGCAAUUGUAGCAACUUGUACUGGUAAUGCUAAUAGUUGUAAUACUUUUAAAAGUGAUGGCUCAAGAUGCUAUUUUGAUCUUACUUUGAAUAGUGGAGCCGGUGGCUGUGCUGAUUUCGCAGUAGCUGGUUGUAGUAGUAUUACAGGAUUAACUCUUGCAACUCAUGCAGAGUGUUAAGAAAUUGAUUCGACUUGCACUACUAAUACUGCUAGAAACGCAUGCUAAGAAUUAAAAGCAGCUUGUAGUGGCUAUGCUGCUUCAAGUGCUUGUACUUAUAAAUAAGGUGGUGCAAGAUGCUUUUGGGAUACUACCCCUGAUCCUGCUGUUUGUGUUGAUUUUGCAGUAGCCAAUUGUGCUUCUGUUACAGGAUUAACAAAUGCAACUCAUUUAGAUUGUUAAGAAUAUCAUAUUGGUUGUACUGUUAAUGUUGCUAGAAAUGCAUGCUAAGAAUAAAAAGCGGCUUGUAGUGGAUAUGUUUAAGCUACUUGUACUCUUACAACUAGUGCUUCAGCAUGUUAUUGGAAUGGCAGUGCUUGUGUAGAUUUCACCACAUGUGAAGCAAUUACAGGUUCAAAUCUCACUUGGAGUACUUGUUAAGGUUAUAAUUAUUCAUGUAGUGUAAAAAGAGAUGGCACUGGUUGUGUAACAAAAUAAGCUCAAUGUUCAGGAUAUACAAUUAUGGCAAGUUGUUAUAGAUCAACUGCUGGAUAUUGUACUGCUAAUAGUAAUGAUAGCUAAUGUCAAGCUAUAACAGAUUCAACUACAUGUGAAGCAAUAAAAUUAGGUUCAUCAUUUAGUUUUGAUGAAACAAAAUGCAAUGAAUUUAAAACUGGUUGCAAAGCUUAAAGUACAACAGGAUGUAGAACUAAGACAUGCACUGAUAAAACAACACCUUUUGACCAUGAUUCUUGUAAUGCUUGGUUGAGUACUUGUACUUCUAAUUUGGUUAGUUCACCUACUGCAUGCAUAACUUUGCCUGCCACAUGCGCCAGCUUAAAUCAAACAACAUGCAUUUGGGCAGUUGAAGGUUAAUGUGUAAUUUAAGGAACAUCUUGUGUCAAAAAGACUUGUGAUACAGCUCCUUCCACUUUGACCGAUAAUAGUGAUUGUGAUGAAUAUCUAUCAACAUGUACAGUUGCCAGAGAAGGAGGUUGCUAAGCAAGAGCUGCUUGCUCCACUUAUAAAUCAAGUCAUUAAUGUAAAUUCAAUACAAGUGGUGGAAGAUGUUUCUGGAAUUUAACUAAUAAGACAUGUGUUGAUUUUACUUGUGGUAAUAUUGAAGCUACAUCAUUAUACGAUACUCAUGAUAAAUGUGUAGCAGUUGAUUCAACAUGCACAGUAAGAGUUUAAAAUGGAGCUGCUUAAGGUUGUAUGACUAGAGGAUCCUGCAGUUCUUAUUCAAUCUCAGAUUAAUGCCGAACAAAUGCAAGUGGUGGUCUUUGUGUUUGGAUCAAUGUUUCUAACUAAGAUGUAUGUUAAGAUAAAUCAUGCACUACUGCCCCAACUUCAACAGCAACAGACGCUGAUUGCGAUACCUAUUUUCCUACUAGUACCAUAAAAUGCACAGUAGCAGCAAAAACAAAUCCAAAUGGUGGUGAAGCAAUCCGAGAAGGUUGCCAAUAGAGAGCAGCUUGUAAUACUUAUAUUCAUGAAGACUAAUGUAGGUUGAAUGCUACUGGAGAUGCUUGUGGAUGGAAUGGUACUUAAUGUGCAGAUAAGUCAUGUGCUACUGCACCUGCAAGUGCUUUGUAUGAUGAUAAUGAUAAAUGCAGAUUAUAUUUCAAUAAUAAAUGUACAGUUGCAGAGUCAGGAUAAGGAUGUGUUGAUAUCCCAGACACAUGUGAAACUAUGGUAGAAAAGUAAUGUGUUUCUGAUAAGUCUGGUAGAUUAUGUUAUUGGAAUGGAACAGGUUGUGUAACAAGAUCUUGUGAAAAUGCUCCAGAAGCAACAUCUAGUCCAGAACAAUGUCAUGAUCAUUUGGCUGGAUGCACUCUAGAUACAGUAAAAUGUAAGACUAAGAUUUGUGAAGAUUUUGCUUUCGCCACAGAUGCACUAUGCAAAUAAGCAUUAAGCUCAUGUACUACAAAUGGAACAAAUUGUGUAACUAGAGGAACUUGCUUCUAAGCUUAGAGCUAGGCUGGUUGUGUUACUUCAUCCACAAAUCAAUAAUGUGAAUGGAUGCCAGCUGUGGGAACUAAUUAAGCAUAUUGUACAAUAAAGACAUGUAAUACUGCCCCAGUUACUUUAACUUCUGAAGCAGCUUGUGCAGGUUAUUACAUUAAUUGUACUACCAAGAAUGGUGGUGGAUGUGUUACUAAAUCUACUUGUUCAGCUGUUAAUAUUGAUACUGCUUGUACAACUGCUCUUAAUGGAACCCUUUGUGCUUGGGAUAGUACAUUAAAUAAAUGCAGAGAUAAAGAUUGCUAAGAUUUCAGUGGAACUACUCAUGCUGCUUGUUAAGGCUAAAGAGCAGGAUGUACUGCUGGAGCUAAUGGUAAAUGUGCCAGAGUUUAAAAUUGUGAAUAAACUACAAUUAGAAGUGCUUGCAUUGAAGGAACAAAUGGACCAUGUUUGUGGAUUAAUGAUUUCGUUAAUACAGAUGGAUCUCGAGGAGCUUGUUUCAGAUAUACAUCAUGUAAAAGCUUAUCUUGGAAUUCUGAUACAUAGUGUAAAUUGAUUAGUAAUUAAUGUACAACAAAUGGAUCUAAUUGUGUUGGAAUUACUUUAUGUUCUGAAACCAACACUGAUGGUGGAUGUGUAACAGGAUAUGAUGGAGCUUGUAUUCAAUCAGUACCAGCCUUGAAUUCCUCAGAUCCAAAGGUUUGUAAACCAUAUACAUCAUGUGCUGAUGCAUUCUACACAACUCAUUCAGAUUGUUAAAUCGCUAGUAAUAAGUGUACAACAAAUGGAACUACUGGAUGUGUUGCCUUAGGUGCUUGUUCAUAAUAUACUUCAUAAGCAGGAUGUUAUAUUAAUGAUAAAGGAGUUACUUAUACAUCUGGAGGCAUUACUUCAACUGGUAUUUGUACAUGGGAUGCUACAGCUAGUACUUGCAGAGAUUAAUCAUGUGCUGAUUUGACUGGUACAACACAUGCAACAUGUUCCUCAUAUUUAUCAACAUGUACAUCGGAUGGAACAACUUGUUUACUCAAAGGAACAUGCUCAUCAUACACAUCUUAGACUGCCUGUACAACUGCUGUUGGAUCUGAUGGAAGCUGUUAUUGGGAACUUGCAUCUGCUACAAAUAAUAAUACUGCUAAAUGUAGAUUAUUAACUUGUACUGAUAUUCAAAAUGGUACAGCAACCAAUGUUUGUUCAGUAGCUUUGUCAUCAUGUGUUUCAAAUGGUAUUGCUUGCAUUCCAAAAGCUAAUUGUUCAACCUAUACAACUAAAACAGCAUGCAACUCAGGUGGAUUAGAUGGUAUUUGUGUUUUCACUUAAUCAACUGCUACAGGAGCUACAGCUGGUACUGGAACUUGCGCAUUAAUGACAGCAUGUACCACUGCUAAUAAUGAUUAAGUUGCUUGUUAAGCUGCUAGAGAUAGGUGUUCAUGGGCUCCAGCUUCAGGUACUGGAACAACUGCUGUCCCCAGUAAAUGUACCACUCACACUUGUGCUACUAAUUAAGCAACUAAUGGAGCUUGUACAAGAUUCUUAAAUUGGGAUAAAAAGACUUAAUAAAUUUGCACUCUCCUUAAUGGAACAUGCUCAGCCUCAGAUCCAUCAACUUUGUCAUCUAAUGAUUGUUUCUUGGUUUCUGGAUAUACAUAUACAUGGAAUGCAUCAACAAGCAAAUGUGGAGUUUGCACUGCAGUUGUAGUUUAACCUAAUAAUACAAACAACAAUACAACUACUACAAAUGGAACAACAACAACUGAUUCAGGAUAUAUUCUUGGAUUAUCAACAGUUCUUUUAGGAUAUCUCAUGUUCUGAUGAGAAUGAUUUUUACAUUUAUA